CUGACACUCCGUGCUCUGCCAAGGAGGAGGGAACUGCGGUGAUAGCGGGAGUAAGGAGAGGCCAGGCAGAGCUGUGGGACACAAACAGAGGGAAGGAGGUGCCCACACUAGGUGACAGACCCACAGGGAGGACAGAAGAGCAGGGCAGGAGGUACUGGAAGCCUGAAGCAGAGGAGGGAGAGCAGAAGACAAGGAAAGCUGAGAGUUACAGAGGUACCGAGCCGUGAUGGCCACCAACCGGCACAACCCCAGGCUGCCCUUGGCCCUGGUGCUUCUGACCCUAGGGGCUGGGUGGGCUCAAGAAGGGUCAGAGCCUGUCCUGCUGGAGGGGGAGUGCCUGGUGGUCUGUGAGCCGGGCCGACCUGCUGCGGGGGGACCUGGAGGAGCAGCCCUGGGAGAGGCACCCCCAGGACGAGUGGCAUUUGCUGCAGUCCGAAGCCAUCACCAUGAACCAGCAGGGGAAACCGGCAACGGCACCGCCGGUGCCAUCUACUUCGACCAGGUGCUGGUGAAUGAGGGUGGUGGCUUUGAUCGGACCUCGGGAUGCUUCGUGGCCCCUGUCCGUGGAGUCUACAGCUUCCGAUUCCAUGUGGUGAAGGUGUACAACCGCCAGACCGUCCAGGUGAGCCUGAUGCUGAAUACAUGGCCGGUCGUCUCAGCCUUUGCCAAUGACCCUGAUGUGACCCGAGAGGCAGCCACAAGCUCUGUGCUGCUUCCCCUGGACCCUGGGGACCGUGUGUCCCUGCGCCUCCGUCGGGGGAAUCUCCUGGGUGGCUGGAAGUAUUCAAGCUUCUCUGGCUUCCUCAUCUUCCCACUCUGAGGACCCAAGCCUUUAAAAGACAGAUAUUUAGCGUCUGGCCACCCUGCCCUGCUCUGCCCUGCC